UCGGUACAACACGAUCUGCGUGACGGUAUAAUCGCUCAGUCGACACAUUCGAAAAAUUCGUGCAAACCUUCGACACCACAGCACCAUGAAGCUGCAGAGGUUGGGAAGUCCACCUGCCGUAGACAUAGUACUCACAUGCACACUUGUGGCAUUACUGUGGAGAUUGCACAGGAUCUUGAGGCAUGCUUUGCGUGGGCACCUCAGCUCUCGACCAAGCGUCGUGAGGCAGAUGACCUUCUUGCGGGUCUAGAGAGUAUUUUGCCUGACGACGUUGCCGCUGAGUUUGCGGCUCUCGAAGGGUUGAAAAGGAUUUUGAUUUUAGCAAAUUGGAUCGGGUCGGACAAGGAAUAAUACCAAAGGCUAUUCUACUAGUAGAUGAGGUUGAGG